AUGAAUGAAUCUAUUACCUCAAAGCCAUUAAUUAUAACUGAUGAAAAUUCAUUGUUUUCUCUAUUAGAAGAACAACAAGAAGAUUUUGAAAUUGUUAAACAAAGAAUUUGUGAAACACCUAAAUAUUUUAAAGAAGCAGUAGAAACUAUUAAUCAAAUGAAUUGUGUUAUUGAUGAUUAUCUUCAAUCAAUUGAUUCAUUUCAUUUUACUUAUAAUGAAGAUAGUGUUGAAGAUAAUGAUUACAGUAAAAUAUCUCCAUUUUAUGCUUCUUUUUAA